GGUAGCUUUGACUGUCAGGCGCGGAUUUUGUAAACAAGGCUAACUGUGUCAAUCUGUCUGAGUUCGAUUCGCUUCAUUUUAUUAAGAAGAUUAUAAACCUUAGUAUUUAGUUUUUUUUUCUUUUUUAAAACUAUUUCUCAUAGAUAAAAAGAGAAAGUGUUCUGCUGAAGAAAAUGUUUCAGCUGUUUGGGAAACUUUCUGAGAGCUGCGGCAGUAUGGCUUUAACCAGCACCGCUAGCUAACAUGCUAACGGUGCGGAGGAACAGCAGCAGCGGGGAGGCUGUCCGAGAGGAGCCGCUACUUCUUCAUGUGACAGCGGCCAGGCAUGCUAUUAGCGCACCUCCUCGGCAGAUUGACGCUUAGAUCCAGAUUACCGCGGGUAAGGCCGAGCUUUUUCUGGGCGGCACGGAGCGGCUGGUGCUCGGACACAGCGAAGGGGGAAAACAUGAUUCGCAGCCGGGGUCAGAUCAGACGGGUCCUGUGCGUCGCCGAGAAGAACGACGCAGCCAAGGGCAUCUCUGAGAUCAUGUCCACCGGCAGAGCCCGGAGGAGGGAAGGAUUUUCGAAGUUUAAUAAAAUAUACGAGUAUGAAUAUCAUCUUUUUGGCCAGAAUGUGACAGUGACGAUGACUUCAGUGUCAGGCCAUUUGCUGGGCCUGGAGUUCAAAGCACCUUUCCAGAAAUGGCACAGCUGCAAUCCCGUGUUGCUGUUUGAUGCAGAGGUAGAGAAGUAUUGCCCAGACAACAUGACACAAAUCAAGCGGACUCUAGAGAAGGAAGCGAGGCAGUGCCAGGCUGUGAUCAUCUGGACUGACUGUGAUCGGGAGGGAGAAAACAUCGGCUUUGAAAUCAUUGAUGUUUGUAAAGCAGUGAAACCCAAUUUGCAAUUCUUUCGGGCAAAGUUUUCUGAGAUCACUCCCAACUCAAUUCAAAGAGCGUGUGAGACGCUGACCGAGCCCAACGUUAACAUCAGCGAUGCUGUGGAUGUCCGGCAGGAGCUGGAUUUACGGAUAGGUGCGUCCUUUACUCGGUUCCAGACGCUUCGCCUGCAGAAGAUCUUCCCCAAAUCCUUGGCUAAUCAGCUGAUCUCAUAUGGCAGCUGUCAGUUUCCCACUCUAGGAUUUGUGGUGGAGCGGUUUAAAGCCAUUCAGGCCUUUAUACCCGAGACUUUCUAUAAGAUUAAAGUGCUCCAUGAGGUGGAAGAGGACUGCGUUGAGUUCAGUUGGAAGAGAAAACGUCUCUUCCACCACACAGCUUGCCUGGUGCUCUACCAGAUCUGCAUGGAGGAUCCCAUGGCAACAGUCACCUCAGUAACGAGCAAACCCAAAAGCAAAUGGAGACCGCUGCCUUUGGACACUGUGGAACUGGAGAAACUGGCAUCUAGGAAGCUCAGAAUAAACGCCAAAGAGACCAUGAAGAUUGCUGAAAAGCUUUACACUCAAGGGUUUAUCAGCUACCCUCGCACAGAAACAAACAUAUUUCUUGCAAACCUUCCCCUCGCAUCCCUGGUGGAGCAGCAGGCACAGAGUCCAGAGUGGGGAACCUUCGCCCAGCGGGUGCUGGACCAGCCUGGGGGCCCCAACCCACGGCAGGGCAAAAACUCUGACCAGGCCCACCCUCCCAUACACCCCACCAAGUACACCAACACACUGCAGGGCAACGAAGGACGUGUGUAUGAGUUCAUUGUCCGGCACUUCCUGGCCUGCGUAUCCCAGGAUGCUUUGGGGCAUGAGACCGUGGUGGACAUAGAAAUUGCUCAAGAAAGGUUCUCCACAUCUGGACUCAUGAUUAUUGCCAGGAAUUACCUGGAUGUUUACCCGUACGAGAGGUGGAGUACAAAGCUGAUACCAGUGUAUGAGCAGGGCUCCCAGUUCCAGCCCUCUGCUAUUGAGAUGGUGGAUGGACAGACCAGUCCACCUCAGCUGCUCACCGAAGCCGACCUCAUAUCGCUGAUGGAGAAGCACGGCAUUGGUACCGAUGCCACCCACGCAGACCAUAUCGAGACCAUUAAGAGUCGCAUGUAUGUUGGUUUGACAGCGGACCAGAGGUUCCUCCCAGGAGAGCUUGGCAUGGGACUAGUGGAGGGUUACAACUCCAUGGGUUACGAGAUGUCCAAACCGGACCUCCGUGCUGAACUGGAGGCCGAUCUCAAACUGGUGUCUGAGGGCAGGAAGGACAAGCAGAGUGUGCUGCAGCAUCACAUCCAGAAAUACAAAACUGUCUUCAUAGAGUCUGUUAGGAAAGCAAAGAAGUUGGAUGAAGCCCUGUCACCUUACCUGGGUGCAGCUCAUGAGAUCCCUGAGGCAGAGCAGCAGGACAUGGAGAUCCCGCUGCCUGUGAGGAAGUGUCCAAACUGUGGUCAGGACAUGGUGCUGAAGAAGAAGAGGGAGGGAAACAGUAAGUUCCUGACAUGUGUGGGCUACCCAGCCUGUAAGACAGCAUUGUGGUUCCCUGACAUGGUGCUGGAGGUCAGCAGGGACGACAGUAUUUGUCCCACUUGUCAACCAAGCCCCAUUCACAUGGUGAAGUUCAAGUUCCGCAGAGGCAGCCUGCCUCCCAUGAUGCCUCUGGAAUUUGUCGGCUGCAUUGGUGGCUGCGACGAGACACUCCGAUAAGUGCUGUUCCUCAAGUACCUCCUCUGAGGAGGCGGAGGGGGAAGCAGAGGACCAGGGGAUGCUGCAGGACGGAAUGGAGGGUGGGGAGGAGGUGCAGGAGAUGAUCCUCCACCUCCAAGGCCCCCUAGACCACAACCGCCCAGAGCUCCAAGCUCAAAUCCUCGCUCUUCCCUUCCUGCUGUUCCUGCUUGGACCCCACAGCCAACACCUCCGCUGGGUGGCAGCAGUAUUUGCGUAGAUCCCAGCAGUGAUGCAGUUGUGUGCAACUGUGGUCAGGAUGCUCUCCUCCUGACUGUGCACAAAGACGGUCCCAACCAAGGUCGUCAAUUCUACAAGUGCAACUCCGAGACCUGCAAUUUCUUUCUGUGGGCAGAUCAACCAAGUCAGCAGGGGGCGCCGCAGCAGAGCAGAGGGCCUCUGCUGUCGGCACAGAGGACCCCUUAGCCUCCAAGGCCCUCGUUAGGGUUCGGAAACAUAUCCAGAGGGCAUGAUGCCGGCACAGCAGGACAUAUGGGGCAGACCAUGUGCAACUGUAACGACACCGCUGUGAAACGCACAGUACAGAAGGACGGCCCGAACAAGGGCCGGAUGUUCCACACCUGUGGGAAACCUAGAGACCAGCAGUGUGGCUUCUUCCAGUGGGCUGAUGAGAACGUACCUCCACCAGGUAGUUUCGGUGGAGGAUUUAAUGCUGGCGGAGACGAAGGGAAGAAGGGGAGGAAGACAAUGGGAGAGGGCGCUGUGACCAGACCUCCCGCCGCAAAGAAACACACCUGAGUCACCUGUCCUCAGCGGUGACUGUUUUGUCCAGAGCGCUGUGACGUCACUAGAUGUAACUGAGUUUGCUUUCAGGUGGACAACACAUAUGAUCAUCAGGUGCCUCUUCGCAGAAGGUCAUCUGUUUCUUCAUCAGUUUUUUCAUCUGCUCUUCCUGUAAGGUGAAAACAGGUUUGACUGCAGGACUAACGGCUAUAAACAGAUUUUCACUUUCUGAUUAUUGUACGCUGGAGAGAGAAAUGUGAAAAUCAGUUUGUGCCUCUGAACAAUAAAAUGAAAAGAGAAACUAAAGUCAUCUGAUCUGAUCUGAGCUGAGCUGUUCUCAGAGGACAGCUCUAAGUUUCAUAAGUGACUUUUUUGUUUAUCCGUGGAGGGAAAGACAGAGGUGGAAGUUAACCUUUCGAGGACAAAAAUCAAAACCAAAACAGAUGCAUACAGAUGCAUAUUGAACCCUUUUAAGAAGGGGAAUUUAAGAUGGUCUGCUUUGCCUACUUACUAAUAUCAAACUGUUAAUUUAGUGCUUAUUUGCAGCUUGUUCUCCUUUUCUGUUGGAGGGAAAAAUUGAGGUGUUGGACUACUUUUAAAACUUGUAGGUGUUUGUAACCACGGUAACAUAGAAGAUGCUCAACAAGUUAAUUGUUCAUUCACUCUGCUGACCUUGGACCAGAUGAGUCUUUCCAUUAUCCAGCCACAGAAAUGUGUGUUCAAUAAAAGAUGGCAUAUAAGCCUGGCAGGUAACAACAAACUGAAGGUGUAAUUAUUAUUAAUUUAAUAUGCUGACUCUUACUUUUAAUUAUUUUCCCUCUUCACUGUAAAUUAGAGGCAUUUUUACAGUUUUUAUUAUUUUGUUGACUUGUAAAGUGUUUAUUAAAAUUUAAUGCGUACAGCAAUGAUAAAGCUUUGCCUGCUCUGCAUAUUUCUAAUGUUAAACCUGGUUGAUGGUAAUAAACUAUUCUGUCUUUUCA